AUGAAGCCGGACGGCACCUACAAGCAGCUGGGCCCACUGGAGGACCGUGGGGUGCAGCCCACCUGCUUCCCACUGAAGUGCUCCCGUGGCAUGUUGCUCUCUGCCGUCCUCACCCUCUUCAUCCUCAUCUUCCUCUUCCUCUUCAAUCUCCGGCUAAGCUCAGCCCUCCGCAGUGAUGCCGGUGGUGAUGCUGGCAGCAAUACCGGAUCCUGCAGUGACGCGUGCCGGAUCGUCCUGGUGGAGAGCAUCCCAGAGGGAAUGACCUUCAGGGAUGGUUCUGUGCUGAAUCCCUCCACCUUCUCCACAUGGAUGAACCUCUUGGGGACUGUCACCCACAGCCUGGACAUUGCCUCCUUCUACUGGACCAUGACCAAUGAGGACACACGGACACAUGAACCCUCUGCUGCCCAGGGUGAACAAAUCCUGAAGGAACUUCUCCAAUUAUCCCAGCGCGGUGUUGCCGUCCGAAUUGCCGUCAGCCGCCCGUCAGCAAAAUCACCCCUGAACGACCUCCAAGCGUUGGAGCAGAGCGGUGCCGUGGUGCGCACCGUUGAUAUGCCACGGCUCACUGGCGGCGUGCUGCACACCAAGUUUUGGCUCGUUGAUGGCACCCACCUCUAUGUUGGGAGUGCCAACAUGGACUGGAGGUCUUUGACCCAGGUGAAGGAGCUCGGCACUGCUGUCUACAACUGCAGCUGCUUAGCCAAAGAUUUAAGGAAAAUUUUUGAAGCUUAUUGGGCUCUUGGCAUUCAUGCGUAUGUGGCUCUUGGCAUUCCUUGUGCUUCCAUCCCGGUACCGUGGCCGGCAAAUUAUUCCACCACCUUCAACAUGGAGACACCAUUAGAGUUGAAGCUCAACGACACCGAUGCCGCCGUCUACUUCUCGAGCUCCCCACCUGCUCUCUGUGCUGCUGGUCGGACCCAGGAUCUCGGCGCCCUCCUCAACAUCAUCGAUGCCGCCGAGGACUUCGUGGACAUCGCGGUGAUGAGCUACUUACCCACCACUGAAUUCUCCCACCCCCAAAGAUUUUGGCCAGCAAUCGAUAACCAGCUGCGGAAAGCCAUCUUCGAACGCCAAGUCAACGUUCGGUUGUUGGCGGGUUGUUGGCGGCACAGCCAAGUGACCAUGUUCCCCUUCCUCAAAUCCCUUGCCGCCAUUGCCGAUAAUCAGACACGCUACAGUGUGGAGGUGCGGCUUUUCAUGGUGCCGGCAACUGCAGCGCAAGCCCAGAUCCCCUACGCCCGGGUGAACCACAACAAGUACAUGGUGACGGAGAAGGUGGCGUAUAUCGGGACAUCCAACUGGUCUGGUGACUACUUUGUGCGGACAGCGGGAUCAGCACUAGUGGUGAACCAGAUGGUGAACCAAACUGGUGCCGGUACCGCCGCCGGCACUGCUGCUGGCACCAGCACCAUCCGGGAGCAGCUGCAGGCGGUUUUUGAGCGGGAUUGGAGCUCCCAGUACAGUGCUGACAUUGGCGAUGCUGAGCGGUGGGAGAGCCUCUGUGGCUCCCGUUAG